CAUUCAUUUUUUUAAAAAGACACUUAGCAAACCUGGGCUGGUGGAGAUAAGGAUCUCCAGGGGAGGUGCGUCUUGGAAGCGACGCAGCUUUGAGGCCAUCCCCCCUCCCCGUGGUGGAUAGGGCCAGGCGGCGGCGCGGCGGCGGAUGGUAUCCGGAGGACCGCAGGCUCGAACUAACGUUGCCUCGGAGCUGGGCGCAGGGAUGAACCGGGACACGAGGCGCCGGCCGCGGGAUUAGAUCGCGGCGGCGGCGGCGGCGCGCGGAAGGGGGGGCGCAGGGUGCGUGCCUGCGUGUGUGUGUGUGUGUGCCGUGGGAAAGCGGAGGCUCCGCGUUGCGGGUUUGCACGCGGCGAGACGACGAGGAAGUGGAGGCGACGGGAGGCGACCAGCGAGCCCGGGCCGGCGGAGGAAAGGUGGAGAAGGCGGCGGAGGAUGGGCUGGCGCCUGGGUAUUGGGGGGGCCGGCGCCCCCCUCCUGUUGCUGCUGCUCCUGGCCGGGCAGGGCGCCGGCCGAAAGCCCCCCAAGAGGAAGUGCCCCCUCGGCUGCACCUGCACCAAGGACACGGCGCUCUGCGAGAAGGUCAAGGAGAUCCCCCGGGACCUGCCCCAAAACCUCCACUCCUUGUCUCUCAUCCGCUCAGGAUUUACUGAGAUCUUAGAAGGCAGCUUUCAACAGGUGCCGUCUCUUCAGCUGCUCUUGAUCACAUACAGCUCCCUGGAACUGAUCGGGGACGACGCCUUUGUUGGACUUAUACACCUGGAAUACCUGUUCAUUGAGCAAAACAGGCUUGAAGCGAUCUCGAAGAAUGCCUUCAGAGGUCUCAAGAGCCUUCUCCAUCUGAAUUUGGCCAAUAAUAACCUGCAGACUCUGCCAAGACACCUGUUCCGAGGCCUGGAUGUUUUAACUUCAGUAGACUUGAGGGGAAAUGCCUUCCAUUGUGACUGCAAGUUGAAAUGGCUGGUGGAGUGGCUGAGCCAGACCAACGCCUUGGUGCAACCCAUCGAGUGCCGGUCGCCUGCUGAGCUGAACCGCACCAGCCUGAGUGAACUCCGCCCCGGGGGAUUUAACUGCAUCACCACAAAACUUGAGCUAUUUGAUACUCUUCCGGAACAGUCCAUCUCCGUAGAAACCUUCAACUACCACGGGGAACAAAACUUGGUGGUUGCCCAACCUUUUACUGGUCGCUGCAGCUUCAUGGAAUGGGACCAUGUGGCAGGGAAAUUCCGCAACUAUGCCUACAUCAAUGGCAGCAAAGCAACAUGGGCUGGCCCUGGGUCAUCCACAGUGGUGUGCAAACCUCUGGUGAUUGAAGGUGAGCUCUUUGUUGUUGUAGCUCAGCUGUUCAAAGGCUCCCACAUCUACAAGCGCCACGAAGCCACAGGCCAGUUCCUGCACAUGCAAGUGAUUGACAGCUCACGCAUCCGCAAGCCCAAUGACAUCGAAGUCUUCCGCGUGGAAGGCGACUGGUACUUCAUUAUGGCAGACAGUUCCAAGGCUGGCUCCACCACCCUCUACCGCUGGAACGGCCAUGGCUUCUAUUCUCACCAGUCCCUCCACGCCUGGUACCGUGACACAGACGCCGAAUUCUUGGAGAUUGCUGGCAAGCCGCACCUCAUCCUGGCCAGCAGCUCCCAACGCCCAGUCAUCUACCAGUGGAACAAGCAGCAGUUUGUGCGCCGCACUGACAUCCCCGACAUGGACGAUGUCUAUGCCGUCAAGCAUUUCAAGGUCAAGGAGGAUGUGUAUAUCUGCUUGACCCGCUUCCUGGGUGACUCCAAGGUGAUGCACUGGGAUGGUUCCAUGUUCCGAGAUGUCCAGCAGAUGCCUUCCCGGGGUUCCAUGGUCUUCCAGCCACUGAACAUCGCUGGGUACCGCUACGCCUUCCUAGGCAAUGACUACUCCUUCAGCAAAGUGUACCGUUACGACCCCAUCACUGGGCUUUUCCAGCACUUCCAGGAGCUGAACACCCAGGCACCCCGCUCCUUUGCCCACUUCAAUGUGGAUAAGCGAGACUUCCUGAUCGCCUCCAGCUUCAAAGGCAAAACGCACAUCUACCAGCAUGUCAUCCAUGAUGAGAGUGCCUGAGUGUGGUGACGGUGGAACAGGGGCUGUCGAGCAGAGGAGGCAGCGACCUUGGGGGAGGGGGGAGAGAGAAGGAAGUACAGAACCAGAGAGUAGAGCCAGCCCCUGGAGGAAGUGCAGUGCCAAAAGCAACCACUAGGGGGGGACAGCACUGGAAACAGAUGCUGUUUAAAGAGCAACUUCUCCAGUGGAACAGAGUACUGGGGCGUACUGGGUAACAGCUAGCCAGUGGGUGGAAGCCAGGCAGCUAUAGAACCGUGAUCAUCGCUAGGAGAUACCAAGAAUGGCAGCAGGAACCACUGGAAUACUUAAUAUUUUACCCACUAGCUGGUAACAGAAGGAUCCUGCAAUUUCUGGUGAUGUCCGAGCCAGACGCUUGCAAGUUUAAAGUGGGGCUCAACAGAAUAUCCCACCAAUAAGAUUUGGAGAGGCAGCCUCUGCCUGGAAUCACUCCAAAUCUUGUCUCCAAGCAGUCACUUUUUUCCCCAACUAAAGAGUGAAUAUCGUUCAUCUCAUUAUCAUUUGUCAUUAUGUCCAGAUGGAGAUAAUUAAUUUAUGCUCCCCCUUUCCUCAUUCUGCUUAUAUUCCCUUUUUUAAGAGAACGGUGGGAACAAUUACCUGUUGCUUAUUUUCUCUGCUUGCUUGUUUUUGCUGCCACUGAUUUUUUUCCAUUUAAAAUGCAUGAUUUAUAUAUUUAAAAAAACACACACAAUGUGCAAUUCAGCACAAGGAUACCGCAACUAACAGCACAAUCUUAUGCAUGCCUAUCAAGAAAGUUAGGGUGUAUAGGGUUGCCACCUAAAUGUCAUUUAACUUCAGUCCUGGUGGACUUCCAGGCUCUCCUUGAGGCAAGCAGCAUGAUCCCCAAGCAAGUCCAUAAGGAAGCCUCAUUGCCUUCAAUGGGACUUACUCCCAAGCAGGUAUCCAUCAAACAGCAGAACUUAGUUGCAAUUAUUGACUGCGUCACUGGGGUUUUAACAGCCAUUUUCAGUUCUAUGCUUCUGUUUUUGCUUGAUUUUUUACAAAUUUGAUUUGAGGCACUAUACCAAGUCAGGUUAUUAAAACACAAACUGAAAGCACAAGCUUAACUUUAAGCACACAAGGGAUCCCCACAAAUUUUUGUGGGGAAAAGACAAAGAGGGCACAGGGUAAGAUGGUCUCAUUGACCGGACAGGUGGGCAGAAGAGAACGCAGUCCGAGAAGAGGCUCCAUUAAGACGAAUGGGUGGGAGAUGGAUACGGCAGUGAACAAGUAGAGUAUUUAUCUUUUACCUGUAAAUAUCCGGCAUGUUAUUCAAAUCCAUCAGACCUUCCAGUAGUGGGCAGCACCAAGCUGUAGGGAACACUAUGUAUUCACUCCUAGCUCUUACUGGAAUCAUGAGGAUGCAAAGCUGGGAUCCACUGGGGGAAAAUGGAAUAUACCACGAGAGGAUGCUUCCAAAGGACAGACUGCUAUCCUCUUCUGUCUCACAUUCAUGAUGUGGGAUCCCACAGAUGAGUGUUGUAAAUAAAGAAAAUGUAUAUUGUUAA